ACAGUGCACAGCAUUGGUGCAAAGCGGUAGCUUUUUGCCAACAACACGCACUUUACGCGCUCUCUGCGUUUUGUCCGGUUUUGUCCAAUGAGCGCUACGGAAGCCGUGUGGUUCAGAUUCCUCUGUUUGUUUUUACGACGUUCCGCUUCAUCCACGCCAGGUUCCUCCCCGGGCCAAGCAAAGAGACAGUAUUAUUGGGGGAGAGAGACAGGAUUAACGUGUGUGAUUAAAAACGAUAACGUUUUUCUCACCUCCAGGGAAGUUUUUGAAAUCUCAGCGUCAAAUCCGGGCUUUAAACGGAGUCAAAAAUCAGCAGAGACGGGGCGGAGUUUCGGGACUUUUAGCCAGAGUGCGGUUGAUUUUUUUUUGCUGUUGACAGCAACCGGUGUACGUGUGUGUAGAUGUGUGACAGCGGAGUGUGUGAGGACAAGCCCCCCGCCCCCCCUGUCAGGAUGAGCAGCCAAGGAGGAGGAGCCAAGGACCCCCAGUCGGCCAAUCACAACUCUCGGCCACUGCCGUCCGUACCGGAGGAAAGGAAGUCAAGAAAUAAGAUAAUCUCAAUGUUUGCCCCUGAGAAAGGAGGCAGGAAGAAGGACCGCGACAAGGACAGGCCCGAGAUCUCCUCCCCCUCAGACUUUGAACACACCAUCCAUGUGGGUUUUGAUUCUGUCACUGGAGAGUUUACUGGCAUGCCGGAGCAGUGGGCCCGUCUCCUACAGACCUCCAACAUCAGUAAAUCAGAACAGAAACAGAAUCCUCAGGCCGUCCUCGACAUUCUGAAGUUCUACGACUCCACCAGUGGAAAACAGAAAUACCUCAGUUUUUCCGCCUCGGAUAAAGACUCGCAGUCGUCAGGCAAGCAGGGUUCCGCGACCUCUCCAUCAGGUGGAAAGGAUGGAGACGAUGAUGAAGAUGAUGACACACCACCUCCAAUUGUGGCACCGCGGCCGGAACACACAAAAUCAAUGUACACGAGGUCGGUGAUAGACCCACUCCCAGCUCCAGAGUUAGACGGCGCCUCUAAGGCAGGCGACAAACAGAAGAAGAAGGGAGGAGGAGGAGGCAAAAUGACUGACGAGGAGAUCAUGGAGAAACUCAGAACGAUUGUCAGCAUUGGAGAUCCUAAGAAGAAAUACACCCGCUAUGAGAAGAUCGGCCAGGGGGCAUCUGGCACAGUUUACACGGCCAUAGAUGUUGCCACAGGACAAGAGGUGGCCAUCAAACAGAUCAACUUGCAGAAGCAGCCGAAGAAAGAGCUGAUUAUCAAUGAGAUCCUGGUCAUGAAGGAGAUGAAGAACCCCAACAUUGUCAACUUCGUAGAUAGUUUCCUCGUGGGAGACGAGCUUUUCGUGGUGAUGGAGUACCUGGCUGGUGGCUCCCUAACUGAUGUUGUGACAGAGACGUGCAUGGACGAGGCUCAGAUCGCCGCCGUCUGCAGAGAGGUCCUCCAGGCUCUGGAGUUUCUUCAUGCCAACCAGGUCAUCCACAGAGACAUCAAGAGUGACAACGUAUUGCUGGGGAUGGACGGAUCGGUCAAACUCACCGACUUCGGCUUCUGCGCCCAGAUCACGCCCGAGCAGAGCAAACGCAGCACCAUGGUGGGAACCCCGUACUGGAUGGCUCCAGAGGUGGUUACCAGGAAAGCCUACGGGCCCAAAGUGGACAUUUGGUCUUUGGGGAUUAUGGCCAUAGAGAUGGUGGAGGGAGAGCCUCCAUAUCUCAACGAGAACCCUCUCAGGGCAUUGUAUUUAAUCGCCACCAAUGGGACUCCGGAGCUGCAGAGUCCAGAGAAGCUGUCUCCUGUCUUUAGAUCCUUCCUGACCCGCUGUCUGGAGAUGGACGUGGAGAAAAGAGGAUCAGGCAGAGAACUGCUGCAGCACCCAUUCCUGAAGCUGGCCAAGCCUCUGUCCAGCCUCACCCCGCUCAUCCUGGCAGCCAAGGAGGCCAUGAGGAGCAACCGCUAAAUCCCAGUCUCUAAGGACUAUAAGAGCUGACACCAGUGGCACCCAAACCAGCCGGCAACUUCUACUGGUCUCCGUUUGAUGACUGUCAGCACCCUGCUAGUGUUUGUGUUUCUUCAAAGGGUCACAACAUGCUUCUCCACUCCUCCCAGUGUUUUUUUGUACUGAUGCCAGAUUUAUCUUACAGCCAUAAUGGCUUUUCUAUUUGUUGCAGCCAGAGCAUGUGUGUGUUGUUGAUGUUGACGAUGGUUACUACAUUAUGCAUAUCAGGAAUGCAAUUGCAAAGGUUCAAGACUCUUUGCACACUGACGGCCAUAUUCACAAAGGAUCUUAUCCCUCAGAGGCGUUUUUUUUGUUUGAAUAGAUGGCGAAGUUCUUCAGGCCUGCAAAAUGCAUUUGUACAAGGAGUGGUGAGUUGUGCAAAUCAUCAUCUCUGGUUUUACUGGAUUGUUUUAAAUUGGCCAGUGAGCUGAUCUUAAUUUUAUCGCCGGCCAUUAAAAUGUCCUUUUUAUUAGUUGUUUGUCAUAUUUUGUUGGCCGGUAGUGACUUACUGUAGGAGCCCUUUAGACUUAAAGUUUGGACAAUCGCAUUCUUUAUUUUUAGUGUCCUCUCACUCGGCCAGUUAGGAGCUGAAAAUUAAAUUCUUUUGUAUUAGAUAAAAGUUUUAUGACAUUUGCGACCUUCUUCGUUGAGAGAAUGUUUGUGUCGAGAGGCUGGAACCUUUGCAACUGGUUUCCAUGGUUGCUGUUGCUAUGGUGGUUACACAUGUGCGUCCUGAAAGUUUUGUAAGUGACAUGGAAAACUAAAGUGUACCAAAUACUGUGCUGGACUGUGGCUCACAGCAUGGGACAGUGCAGUCUUUGUGCCCUGGGAAAGCCAAAUCAGUGUGUCCGUUUGACCCUGUGUCUCACUGAAAAUGUCACCAUUCUAUUAAAAAGGAAUGGGAUUCUAGUUUCUGUACAUGAAACUUUUUUAAUUUUAUAAUGGUAGAUAAAAAAAGGCCCAUAUAUUUUUCUGUUGUGGGUUUCCACCCUCUGGUGGCAGCUUCGGGUUUUACCAAGCACCAACAUUUUCAUUAACACUCCAACUUUACACACCUCUGCUAUCAAACUCUCUGUGCAGGCUCUUCUACAAACUAUGCAAACCCGUCUGAACACUCUGAUGUUUAAAGCCACAUUUCUAUCACUAUGAUGUUUCUUCUAGAUGUUCUGUUUGUCUUUAGGUGUGCCUUUUGCAAUAGACGCCUUACUGUCGGUGUGUUGGUGUGAGUACAACACAAAGACUGGAUGAAAUUGUCUGAAUGUGUUAAACUGGAGGAAGACUUUGCAUUAUUUUUGUAUAUUAUGUAUUGGUGAUGUCCUGGAUUUUUAACAGCUUUUAAAAAGUAUGUAUAUCAUUGUUUUAUAUUUGUUACUAACACAACAGAAGGCAAAUUAGUUUUUUUUGUUUUUUUUGUGUACCAAUUCAUUCUCAGUUCCCUGAACUGUGUAAUUAUGGCCUUCAAACCAUAAAUUGUAUUGACAGGCCUAAGACAAUCGGGUCAAGCAGUAUUAGGAAAUGAUUGUUUUAACCUGCUUGGAGUAUCAAAUGAGAUUGGUUUAUACCAGCAUUUUUCCAGCAUGAUUAGACAAUCACUAGAAAGCUUUAAAAACAUUGAAUAAAUGUGCCUUUAACAGAUACAUGAUGCAGUAAAACCCACACGAAUGGUACUCAACAGGUUGACACACACAUACUGAGUACUUGCGAAUACUAUUUACAGGCUGGAAAUACACUGUUAUGUUGCUUUUGACCAGAACACACAUUCCAGUUAUACAUGUAAUAUGAAUAUUCGAAUAGUGUAAAAUGAAUGUGUUAUUGUUAAUCAUGAAACCAACAACUUCUGGCAUUGAAUAUCAUCCAAGCAGUAUGUAAAUUAUUAUUAAAGGUGGACCUUAACAGGC